CCUCUGAAUAGUAGGCUCUGUGCCAAGUGGCAGUCUCCACUCCACAAUUCCCACUUCCCACUCGAACAUCAUCAGGUAUCAGAUAUGGAGAACAUGAAUAAAGAGAGAGUUGCAAGUCGCACUGUCAGAUGCAGCGGGGCGCUGCCUUAUUCUCUGAUUACGCUGCGAGCGUUGGGCCUCUCGGAGACCAAGGAGGAGGAGGCCGCCGUCGAGAUAUACGAGAACGGCACAUACGCCUGGCGGACCCAGUACAAGCAUCCGAAUCUGGCAGUCAGUGCCAUUGGAAUGGAGUUCGUGAACCAGUGCCAACGCUCCUCGGCGGUAAUGUUUACGGAUAGCAGUGUUAGCCAGUACUCGGAGAACGGGUAUUCUUCCAUAGCCACUCCUCGGGGUCUUCGUUCGUCCGAUGCUGACCGUCUGGGCAUUUCGGAUAUGGAUAACCAGUACGUGCCACAUAUCGCUUUAAUCACAGGAAAGUCCUUGAGCCGACGCUGCCGCAUCUGAGCGGAGUCCAGUCCACCCACUCCCGAAGCCAACUGCCGCGCGGAUGCUCUGUGGAGCUGGCCUUUUAUGGAGCGCCGAGUCUGUGUCGAAUAAAAUGUGCAUUUCAUCUUGUUUUCUUUCUCUGACAAGCUCUCUC